UAAAUCAGUUUAGUCACUCUGCCUUUCUUUCUUCAAAACCUAUUUUAGAAACGCACACUACUAAUCUCAAAACCCUAGAAAGUAAAUCAAAUCAUGUGGAACGACACCGGAGAGCAGCAUAUAGCGCCUCCGGGGACGGCUGGGCCGUCGAUCCCACCGCCUCCACCGUCGCAGCCUUCCUACACCGUACUGGCACCGUCGCAAACGGUGUCGAAUCCAGCGGAUGCGGAGGCGAAGCUGGAGGAGAAGGCCAGGAAAUGGCAGCAACUUAACACGAAGAGGUACAGUGAUAAGCGGAAGUUUGGUUUCGUCGAGACGCAAAAGGAGGAUAUGCCGCCGGAACACGUGAGGAAGAUUAUAAGGGACCAUGGUGAUAUGUCCUCGAAGAAGUAUCGCCAUGAUAAACGUGUGUAUCUUGGAGCUCUUAAAUUCAUUCCACAUGCAGUAUACAAGCUUCUUGAGAAUAUGCCAAUGCCCUGGGAGCAGGUUCGUGAUGUGAAGGUUCUAUACCAUAUUACAGGAGCGAUCACUUUUGUGAAUGAAAUUCCAUGGGUUGUUGAACCUAUUUACUUAGCUCAGUGGGGGACAAUGUGGAUCAUGAUGCGAAGAGAAAAGAGGGAUCGGCGGCAUUUCAAGAGAAUGAGGUUUCCACCUUUUGAUGAUGAGGAACCUCCUUUAGACUAUGCUGAUAAUUUGUUAGAUGUUGAUCCUCUAGAGCCUAUUCAAUUAGAGUUGGAUGAAGAAGAAGACUCUGCUGUCUAUACUUGGUUUUAUGACCAUAAGCCUCUUGUUAAAACGAAGCUUAUCAAUGGUCCUAGUUACAGGAAGUGGCAUCUCUCUCUUCCAAUAAUGGCGACUCUUCACCGUCUGGCAGGACAGCUUCUUUCUGAUCUAAUUGACCGCAACUAUUUUUACUUGUUUGACAUGGAGUCGUUCUUUACGGCCAAAGCAUUGAACAUGUGCAUACCUGGUGGGCCUAAGUUUGAACCUUUGUAUCGUGACAUGGAGAAAGGUGAUGAGGAUUGGAACGAAUUCAAUGACAUCAACAAACUCAUCAUUCGGUCACCUUUGCGGACAGAGUAUAGAAUUGCAUUUCCUCAUCUUUACAAUAAUAGGCCCCGGAAAGUAAAACUUUGUGUGUAUCACACUCCCAUGAUCAUGUACAUUAAAGCCGAGGAUCCUGAUUUACCUGCUUUCUAUUAUGAUCCUUUGAUACACCCAAUAACCUCCUCUAACAAGGAACGCCGUGAAAAAAAGACUCAUGAUGACGAUGACGAUGAUGAGGAUUUUGUUUUGCCAGAAGGGGUGGAACCUUUUUUGGAGGAUACACAGCUUUAUACCGACACCACAGCUGCUGGCAUUUCCUUGUUAUUUGCUAACCGACCUUUUAACAUGAGAUCUGGACGGAUGCGAAGGGCAGAAGAUAUACCCCUUGUGUCGGAGUGGUAUAAGGAGCACUGUCCUCCAUCAUAUCCUGUCAAAGUUCGAGUAAGCUAUCAGAAAUUGUUGAAAUGUUUUGUUUUGAAUGAACUGCAUCAUAGACCGCCAAAAGCUCAGAAGAAGAAGCACUUGUUCCGGUCAUUAGCAGCAACUAAAUUCUUCCAAACCACAGAGCUAGAUUGGGCUGAAGCAGGUCUCCAAGUUUGUAAGCAGGGGUACAACAUGCUGAAUCUAUUGAUACACCGGAAAAAUCUAAAUUACCUCCACCUUGAUUAUAAUUUUAACUUGAAGCCUGUGAAGACCCUUACGACAAAGGAACGCAAGAAGUCACGGUUUGGGAAUGCUUUUCAUCUUUGUCGUGAAAUCUUGCGUUUGACAAAGCUUGUGGUUGAUGCCAAUAUACAAUUCAGGUUAGGUAAUGUUGACGCUUUCCAAUUGGCUGACGGUCUUCAGUAUACGUUUUCCCAUGUUGGUCAGUUGACAGGAAUGUACAGAUACAAGUAUAGGCUGAUGCGCCAGAUAAGAAUGUGCAAAGAUCUUAAGCAUUUGAUAUAUUACCGCUUCAAUACUGGCCCAGUGGGUAAGGGACCCGGUUGUGGAUUUUGGGCACCAAUGUGGAGGGUAUGGCUAUUUUUCCUACGUGGCAUAGUGCCUCUUCUUGAACGGUGGUUGGGUAAUCUUCUUGCAAGACAGUUUGAAGGGCGCCAUUCAAAAGGAACUGCCAAGACUGUUACAAAGCAGCGUGUUGAGAGCCACUUUGACUUGGAACUCCGUGCUGCUGUCAUGCACGAUGUUCUUGAUGCCAUGCCAGAGGGCAUUAAGCAAAAUAAGGCUAGAACGAUACUGCAGCACCUUAGUGAGGCCUGGCGCUGCUGGAAAGCAAACAUUCCAUGGAAGGUUCCUGGUUUACCAGUUCCCAUUGAAAACAUGAUACUUCGGUAUGUUAAGUCAAAAGCAGACUGGUGGACGAAUGUUGCUCACUAUAAUCGUGAGCGUAUCAGAAGGGGUGCGACUGUUGACAAGACAGUGUGCAGAAAGAAUCUUGGAAGACUGACUCGGUUGUGGUUAAAGGCAGAACAGGAACGUCAACACAACUAUUUGAAGGAUGGCCCAUAUGUCACUCCAGAAGAAGCUGUUGCGAUUUACACAACUACUGUCCAUUGGUUGGAGUCCAGAAAGUUUUCACCAAUUCCAUUCCCUCCCUUGUCAUACAAGCAUGACACUAAGCUGCUUAUCCUGGCUUUGGAAAGGUUGAAAGAGUCAUACAGUGUGGCUGUGAGAUUAAACCAACUGCAGAGGGAAGAACUAGGUCUUAUUGAACAAGCUUAUGAUAACCCCCAUGAGGCUUUAUCACGGAUCAAGCGUCACCUGCUCACUCAGCGUGCUUUCAAAGAAGUGGGCAUAGAGUUCAUGGAUUUGUACAGUUCUCUGAUUCCAGUUUAUGAAAUUGAGCCUCUUGAAAAAAUAACAGAUGCUUAUUUGGACCAAUAUCUGUGGUAUGAAGGUGAUAAGCGCCACCUCUUUCCAAACUGGAUUAAACCUGCAGAUUCCGAGCCACCACCACUGCUUGUCUAUAAAUGGUGUCAAGGCAUAAACAAUUUGCAAGGUAUCUGGGAUACAAGUGAGGGGCAGUGUGUGGUGAUGCUUCAGACCAAGUUUGAGAAGUUCUUUGAGAAGAUCGACUUGACAAUGUUAAAUAGGCUUCUUCGGUUGGUCCUUGACCACAAUAUUGCUGAUUAUGUGACUGCCAAGAACAAUGUUGUCCUUUCCUACAAGGACAUGAGUCACACGAACUCGUAUGGUUUGAUACGUGGCCUUCAGUUUGCUUCUUUUGUGGUGCAGUAUUAUGGACUUGUGCUGGAUCUCCUGCUUCUUGGAUUGACCCGGGCCAGUGAGAUCGCUGGUCCGCCACAAAUGCCAAAUGAAUUUAUCACCUACUGGGAUACAAAGGUUGAGACACGACAUCCAAUUCGUCUUUAUUCCAGGUACAUAGACAGGGUGCAUAUAUUGUUUCGGUUUACUCAUGAAGAGGCCCGAGAUCUAAUACAACGAUAUCUCACUGAACAUCCUGAUCCCAACAAUGAAAAUAUGGUUGGGUAUCAGAACAAGAAAUGCUGGCCUAGAGAUGCAAGGAUGAGGCUUAUGAAACAUGAUGUCAAUCUUGGGAGGAGUGUUUUCUGGGACAUGAAGAAUCGUCUCCCUCGAAGCAUCACAACUUUAGAGUGGGAGAACAGCUUUGUUUCUGUUUACAGCAAGGACAACCCAAACCUGCUUUUCAGCAUGUGCGGGUUUGAAGUUCGGAUACUUCCUAAAAUUAGAAUGACUCAAGAAGCAUUCAGCAAUACAAGAGAUGGUGUUUGGAAUUUGCAGAAUGAGCAGACCAAGGAACGGACUGCAGUUGCUUUUCUACGGGUUGAUGAUGAGCACAUGAAAGUGUUUGAGAAUCGUGUGAGACAGAUUCUGAUGUCCUCAGGGUCAACUACUUUCACAAAGAUUGUUAACAAAUGGAAUACAGCCUUGAUUGGAUUGAUGACAUAUUUCCGCGAAGCAACGGUGCAUACUCAAGAGCUGUUAGAUUUGCUUGUAAAAUGUGAAAAUAAAAUUCAAACCCGUAUCAAGAUUGGGCUAAACUCAAAAAUGCCAAGCAGAUUUCCUCCUGUAAUCUUCUAUACACCAAAAGAAAUUGGAGGACUUGGCAUGUUAUCCAUGGGUCACAUAUUGAUCCCUCAAAGUGAUCUUCGAUAUAGUCAGCAAACAGAUGUUGGUGUAACACAUUUCAGGAGCGGAAUGAGUCAUGAGGAGGACCAGCUGAUUCCAAAUCUUUAUCGGUACAUUCAGCCAUGGGAGAGUGAGUUCAUAGACUCACAGCGGGUUUGGGCAGAGUAUGCAUUGAAGAGGCAGGAAGCGCAGGCUCAAAAUAGGCGUCUAACACUUGAAGAUUUGGAAGAUUCAUGGGACAGGGGAAUUCCACGCAUUAAUACUCUUUUUCAGAAAGAUCGUCACACUUUAGCAUAUGACAAAGGGUGGAGAGUGCGCACAGACUUCAAGCAAUACCAAGUUUUAAAACAAAAUCCUUUCUGGUGGACGCACCAGAGGCAUGAUGGAAAAUUGUGGAACUUGAACAAUUAUCGAACUGAUGUCAUUCAAGCUCUUGGUGGUGUUGAAGGAAUUCUUGAGCAUACCUUGUUCAAAGGAACAUAUUUCCCAACUUGGGAGGGUCUCUUUUGGGAAAAGGCAUCUGGCUUUGAGGAGUCCAUGAAGUAUAAGAAGCUUACUAAUGCACAGAGAUCUGGUCUGAACCAAAUUCCUAACCGUAGAUUUACACUUUGGUGGUCCCCCACAAUAAACAGGGCAAAUGUUUAUGUGGGUUUUCAAGUGCAGUUAGAUCUAACCGGCAUCUUCAUGCAUGGGAAGAUCCCAACCUUGAAGAUUUCGCUGAUUCAGAUAUUCCGUGCUCACUUGUGGCAGAAGAUUCAUGAGAGUGUUGUUAUGGACCUCUGUCAGGUCUUGGAUCAGGAACUGGAUGCUUUGGAAAUUGAGACUGUGCAGAAAGAAACAAUCCAUCCAAGGAAAAGUUAUAAAAUGAACAGCUCCUGUGCAGACGUUCUCCUUUUUGCUGCCCAUAGAUGGCCCAUGUCAAAGCCUAGUCUUGUGGCUGAGUCAAAAGAUGUGUUUGACCAGAAAGCAAGCAAUAAAUACUGGAUAGAUGUACAGCUGAGAUGGGGAGACUAUGAUUCACAUGAUAUUGAGCGCUAUACUAGGGCCAAAUUUAUGGAUUACACAACAGACAACAUGUCUAUAUAUCCAUCUCCAACUGGGGUUAUGAUUGGGCUUGAUCUAGCGUACAAUUUGCACUCUGCAUUUGGCAACUGGUUUCCAGGGUCUAAACCGCUGCUAGCUCAAGCUAUGAACAAAAUAAUGAAGUCAAACCCAGCUUUGUAUGUCUUGAGGGAGCGCAUAAGAAAAGGUUUGCAGUUGUAUUCUUCAGAGCCUACAGAACCAUAUUUAUCAUCACAGAAUUAUGGAGAGAUCUUUAGCAAUCAGAUAAUAUGGUUUGUUGAUGAUACUAAUGUCUACCGUGUCACAAUCCACAAGACGUUUGAAGGGAAUCUUACAACAAAACCCAUAAAUGGUGCAAUCUUCAUAUUCAAUCCGAGAACUGGGCAGCUAUUUUUGAAGGUUAUCCACACUAGUGUAUGGGCAGGACAGAAACGUCUGGGCCAGCUUGCCAAGUGGAAAACUGCUGAAGAAGUUGCAGCUCUUGUGCGGUCUCUGCCUGUGGAAGAACAACCAAAACAAAUUAUUGUGACUCGCAAAGGGAUGCUUGAUCCAUUGGAGGUUCACUUGCUUGAUUUCCCCAACAUAGUUAUCAAGGGAAGUGAGUUGCAGCUUCCAUUCCAGUCAUGCUUAAAGAUAGAGAAAUUUGGUGAUUUGAUUUUGAAGGCAACAGAACCACAAAUGGUUUUGUUCAAUAUUUAUGAUGAUUGGCUGAAGAGUAUAUCAUCUUACACUGCGUUCUCUCGGCUCAUUCUGAUUCUCCGUGCACUUCAUGUUAAUAAUGAGAAGGCAAAGAUGCUACUCAAGCCUGACAAGACUAUCAUUACUGAGCCACACCACAUCUGGCCUUCACUUACUGAUGAUCAGUGGAUGAAAGUUGAGGUUGCUUUAAGGGAUCUUAUACUCUCUGACUAUGCCAAGAAGAACAAUGUGAACACCUCAGCAUUGACACAAUCUGAGAUACGUGAUAUUAUUCUUGGAGCUGAGAUCACUCCUCCUUCUCAACAAAGGCAGCAGAUAGCAGAGAUUGAGAAACAGGCCAAAGAAGCGAGUCAACUGACAGCAGUCACCACAAGGACCACAAAUGUGCAUGGUGAUGAACUAAUUGUCACAACCACUAGUCCAUAUGAGCAAGCUGCGUUUGGUUCUAAAACAGAUUGGCGUGUCAGAGCUAUAUCUGCUACAAAUCUCUAUCUUCGAGUCAAUCAUAUCUAUGUGAAUUCUGAGGAUAUCAAGGAAACUGGAUACACAUAUAUCAUGCCGAAGAAUAUCUUGAAGAAGUUUAUCUGUAUAGCUGAUCUGCGAACUCAAAUUUCUGGGUAUUUGUAUGGUAUAAGCCCCCCGGACAAUCCUCAGGUCAAGGAAAUCCGUUGUAUUGCCAUGCCCCCCCAGUGGGGGACUCAUCAACAGGUUCAUCUUCCAUCAGCUCUGCCUGAGCAUGAUUUCCUCAAUGAUCUGGAGCCUUUGGGAUGGAUGCAUACACAACCAAAUGAGCUUCCUCAGUUAUCACCACAGGAUCUCACGGCUCAUGCUCGGGUUUUGGAGAACAACAAGCAAUGGGAUGGAGAAAAGUGCAUCAUCCUGACAUGUAGUUUCACUCCAGGAUCAUGCUCAUUAACUGCAUAUAAGCUUACUCCUAGUGGUUAUGAGUGGGGACGUGUCAACAAGGACACAGGAAGCAAUCCUCAUGGUUACCUGCCAACUCAUUACGAGAAGGUUCAGAUGCUCUUGAGCGACCGCUUCCUUGGUUUCUACAUGAUUCCUGAUAAUGGGCCAUGGAAUUACAAUUUUAUGGGAGUGAAGCAUACAGUGAGCAUGAAAUAUGGAAUCAAGCUGGGGACACCUCGAGAGUAUUACCAUGAGGACCAUAGGCCAACACAUUUCCUGGAGUUCAGCAACCUGGAGGAGGGUGAGACCGCUGAAGGCGAUAGAGAGGAUACAUUCACCUGAAGUAUAAUAAUACUAUUUCCGUUGUCGAUGGAUGAUGGUGCUUUUUGAAACUGAAGUAAUUUGGCGGCUGAGGAUAAAAUCAUGUCAAACCUUUGUUGUUUUUUGUUGUAUUAGUAUUGUAUUUUCCUGAUGAGGUUAACUUACCCUGUUAAGUUUGCGACAGCGCUCUUUAUAAGCUGUAAAUAUUUGCUAGAAGUUAAUUGGUGAAUGAGCUUCGGCCCUAUUUUCUGC